AUGUCAUAUUAUAUCGGGGAAGGAAGACUUGGUGACGGAAAUCCUGUCAAACUUAGCAGUAAAAUCACUGCUGAGAUUCAGGGCCCAGAUGAUAGUUCGUUUGAAUCUCCCAUGUCCCCCAUUUCCGAUCACCCGUUUUUUCUUAGCCUGAUUGAUUACGAUUUUUCUUCAUAUAAUGGUAUUGUUUGUUUGUUUUAUUCUCAUGAUGCCGUUGUUCUAUGGAAUCCUUAUAUUAGAAAGAUUCUGAAUAUUCCAUUCCCUGAUGGAAUUAAGAACUAUCAGGGUAAACGCCGUGAUUACUCGCUUGGUUUCGGAUUUGGUUCUUGCGCACAUGACUACAAGCUAGUUCGUGUAAUGUGCCAUGAGGAUGGCCCUUUCGUUGAGGUUUACUCAUUGAAUAAGAAGUGCUGGAGUAUUGUUAAUAACGAUAUACGUAUUUGUCAGUCGUUUGAGUCUCGGAGAUCUGUUUUCUUGAAUGGAGCUUGUCAUUGGGUUGCUGGUACUCUGCCAAUGAAUCAUAGGCAUUAUAGCAAUAAUAUGUUAUCGUGUUAUGUUAUCGUGUUGUUUGAUUUGAAGGACGAGUCGUUUACUGAAAUGGCUGGUCCGAAAGGAGUGAACUCUGAUGAAUCUGGUUCAUCUGUUUCUGUACUUGAUGGAAUGCUUACAUUGGUUUUAAUUGACAAAUGUUUUAUCGAGAUGGAUAAUUAUACAAGAGAAUUUUCUGUUUGGGUUAUGAAAGAGUAUGGUGUGGUAGAAUCUUGGACUAGACUUUACAAAGUUGAGAAUUUGGAAGAAUGUGCAGUAAGUAUAGUUGCAGUCAGAAAUUCUGCUGUUUUGCUGGCGAUGCCAGAUCAUAAGCUUGUUUGCUACAAUCCAGUGACGAGAAAAAUGACAGAUUUUUUGAGAGGAUUUCCAUACUCGUUUGCUUUGGUUACAUGUGUCGAAAGUCUUUUUUGGUUCGAAGAAGCGAACGAGGCAUCAUCUUCUUCCGAUCGACGAAUAGAUUUGAUUCAACCAAGAACUUAG